AUGGAUAAUAAGGAUGAGGCAUACGUAAGAGCAAUACAGGAAUUACAAGAAACUAACGAAGCGGAAGACGAGGACACUAAGCGCCGCCUGGGAUUACUGCUGCGCGAAAGGGAUGCUGCUAGAAAUAACUUUGACCGCGCAGUCAUGGACAUCGGAGAUAGGAACUCCGAACUUAGACGCGUGGCAUUUUGGAGACUGAUGCUGUGUUUGAGCGUGUUGUAUGAGUUGGCAUUGAUUUUCAUCUUAUUCCAGACUUUAGAUGAUGCUCGACAGUUGUUAAAAUAUGUUGACAAAAGUCUCKGAGAACCAUUACCAGAGACAUUGUACUGCGACGAUUGUUCACUUUAUACUCCUGGCCAUCCAGAUGGUCCAUUUCAUAACUUCAUGGAAAAAUGUGACUUUUUUGUGUUCUGCCACUUGAUUGGAUGGUGGGCCAAGAAAUAA